UUAUGAGACAGGUGAGAAGAGGUGGUGUAGACUAUCGGCCUGAAAUGUGAUUGUUUUUGGAGGUUAAGUGCAACUCAGCAGGUCCUUGGAUCUCCUCAUUUACUUUAUAUUCAGUGUGUAGUGGAAUCAGGCUGAAGCACUGUUAUCUAACGCAAACAAACCUGAAAAGAUUACCAUCACUAAAUCCAGGAAAGGUCAGUUUACUGUUUACUGAAUUCUACCUCUAUAGCCAUUUAGAUUGACAGGUUCCUCUCAGGUAGAUUUCCACUUAGCUUUAAAGUUAUUUAAAUGCACAUUUUGUAGAGAUACAUGUGGUUUGAAUAUACUAGAAUCAUGUAGAAAUUAUUAUACAGUAUUUUUUUAAUGAAAGGGUAUUUAUUCUGAUAAAGUCACACUCUGUUCAUAUUCCAAUAACAAUCACACAAAGUCCAUGCUUUGUUUUCUCGCCUUUCUUCAAUGCAUGGUAGUGACACCUUUUACUCAAUAACAGCAAGACAACCACUAUAUAAGUCAACCGCAAUAUAUUCUGCACUGACCACAGUAUAGUGUUUGAAUUUUUCUGGAUCAGUGACAAAACACAGACUUAUGUUCAGAGAUUUGUGCAACAUAGUAAGCCUGGCAAAAUCUGUGUCAUGUGUCUAAAACAAUGGUAAACAUCUGUUGCGAUUGUUUUCGGAACCUGUGUUUAUGUCGGCAGAAGUCCAUCAUGGAAAAGGCAGACACCCAUGUCUCCACUGACAGUAGCCUCAAGAGACCAUAAUGUAUUGCAACCAUGUGAUGAAAUUUGAGAGUAGCAAAAGCCAUUUAGGUUUGGGGGAAAAAAGUGGAUGUACCAAAAAGUAGAUAAGCAUCUUAUCACAAGCUGCCUUCUCAAAUGCAUUUAACAUUAAAAACUGAUGACGUUUGUGUAUCACAGUCAGACAUUUGAUUGUUCCUGUAUUGAUGUUCUAUAUCUGCUCUCACAACAUUGUUUUCUUUGGUCCUUGCAGCUCAUGUGAGUAGUGUAGGCCUCACAAAGAGGUGCUGUGAAUAGUGGCAUGUUUCCCAGUGGUAUUCAGAUGUUGUUCCUACUUAUCUCUCUGGCAAAAGAUGCAAAUAGACACUGUGCCCGACGUGAGGACGUGAGACAGCUGUUUCUAUUAAUAACCGCCACUCUCUUACCUACCACGCGGGUCCCGUGCCUCACCACAGCAAGCCUGGGUCCAGACAAAUGCACAACACCCAGACAGACAGCAACAGAGGAAAUCAACAAAGCAGCAACCACAGCGCCGUUCAACUGCAGCACUCAACAACAAGCACACUCAGACCUGUUGGUACGGAAAGACCAACACCGAGAUAAAACCUGGAAACAUGAAGUCACUGCGGUUCCUUGCUGCUGAGGGCUUCAUUCAGAGUGGACCAAGUGCUCUGGAAAACCUCAACUGUAUGUCUUUUAACAUCUACCCACUUCUCUUCAAGGCCUGCUACCUCCAUGAGCAGGCAGACUUGCUGCGUGUUUUGGUCCAGACAUGGCCUCUUCCUGUGCUUGACCUACACAGGCUCCUGGGAGCAACAGUCGACUGUCAGAUGGACCUCACCUCCCGCACCUGCCGGCUUUGUUUGGAGUCGAUUCUGGCUGGCCUAAAGGAUUAUGUGCUGUCUCCUCCAAGGACGUACACCAAGACCUUGCAUGUGGUGGACCUGACUGCCCUGAGGGAUAUCGAGCACCAGCCCUGCCCCUGCCAAUCCACCCUGGGUCGAUGGGCAAGAACCCACCUCCUGACCCAAAUUUGCUAUGAGACCAUGGUGGCCAUGCAAGCCAGCAACGUAUCCCCAUUUGCCUUUGAAACAUCUAUUGAUGUCCGUCUGAACGGCUUCGUCACAGGCCGCAACUAUGAGCUGGUGGCUCAGACCUUCGUCCUCCUCCGCCACUGUCCACUGAAGCUUCGCUUUGUCAGUUUUCGGGCCGAUUCCCUCUCCCUCAAGCAGCUGUUCUAUGUUAUUCGCCUAGCAGACACCGAGUCCAUUUUAAAGCUGGAGGUAGUCCACAAUGUUCCCCUGGAGGCCCCGCACUUGGAGGUGCUGCUGUCCAAGGUGGAAUUCCCCAAAUUACAGUCUUUGACCCUGCCGGCUGGGGCGUUAGAUAUUAGGAGGUUGGGCUCUGACGGUGAUGAUGUGCUGUCCACCAUCGGUAACCUGCUGGCACAACAGAGCGGCCUGACUGAGCUCUUUGUUGGUUUCUCAACUCUAACUGGACACCUACGCAGACUGCUUAAUCCCCUUAACACUCCGCUGCAGUGCUUGGAGUUGGCCAACUGCUGCCUGAACCGUUUGGACAUGACCUACCUGUCGAACAGCCUCCACAGCGAGUUCCUGGUCCGUCUGGACAUGAGCGGACAUGACAUCUUCAGCUCUUUCCCCACCUGUUUCCACAAACUGCUCUGCCGUUGCUCAGCCACAUUGGUCAGCCUGGUCCUUGAAGAAUGUAACAUAGAGGACGAGCACAUGGACGCCUUCACUAAUGCUCUGACUUGCUGUCAGGAGCUGGAGGAGCUCAAACUCCUGGGGAACCCUCUGACGUCUGCCGCCCUGCUGAGGUUGUUCUCCAUGCUGUCUGUGGGUUUUCCCAAGUUAAAAUAUAUAGAGAUGCCAGUUCCCCGCCAGUGUUACUCCGAGGAUGUCACGUAUCCUCUUAAUGAUUCAGAUUUACUGCUGUACAACAAGGAGCUGUUUCAGGAGGUCAGGGGUCAGCUGAUGGGGAUCCUGGAAGGAGCUGGUAGAGGGAGUGUGGAGGUGUGCUCCCCACUCCUGGGGGUUUAUGACCCAGAGAUUAACGAAACCAGCAAAGAGCUGGGAGUAUCCAUGUUAAAAUCUUUUACCAGCGUCAUUGGGAACUUUAUCAGUAGCAUAACUGAGGUGGACAGCAGGAGAUCACAGGCUCAGACCGAUAAUUAGUGGGGUUGCCUGUGGAGGGAAUAAGUAAACUGACAGAGAUGGGUCAUGAACUCAAGUUUACACAAAUCUAGACAUUUGUUUAAAGCAGACCCGAUUCCUCAAACUGUCCAGAAAUGUCCAUGCUUCGUUGACAGUUAUUUUCAAGACUGCGUUUUUAGGCUAUAUUUAAGACAGCAAUUUAUAUUAAUGAAGUGCUACUUCAGAUAGCUGGCAAACUCAUCACUGUUCCUAUGCAUGACUGAAGGCCAAAACUGUUUGAUUUGUUUGACUGUGGUUUAACAUCACAUGACUUCCAUUCCUGACGAGAUAUUGUCUCAACAGAGAAUCCCUUUAAUCUCAGUACGUCCAACAGUCUGUAAGACAAACAGAUGUGCAGUGCAGAUACGUGUAUGUAUUAAGGUAGAUACUUGAAGUUUGCCUAAUGUAUUUUCUUACAUGUUUUUGGACCAUGUUCUGGUUUAAAUGUUUUAUAUAACUGGAUUUUGAAAUGUAGACAGCACAUAUUUGCAACAUGGAACAGAUCUGAAUUAAGCAAGUAUACUUGUAACCGUUUCAUUUUGUCUCACCAAUAAAUCAAAUCUUCAAAUCUCUCUAUCCAUUACAUCAUAAAAAAGUGACACUUCCACAUCUUCCAAAAUGUACAAUUUUUUUAAUGAGCUCUUGUUUUAUACAGGUAAGAUUUCAUCUUAAAUAUUCCACCAGGGGACAAGCAUGCACCGACCGAAUACGAGGAUUAACAGCUUUGAUCAGGAAUCAUCUACUUCUUCAUCCACUCCUCCCUUUCUUUCCUCUCACGGAUCACCUCCGUCAGAUACGGUGUCAGGUAAUUAGCAUCCUAAAAGGAAAAGAGAACAAUACAUGGGAUUGAGAAAUGAA